AGGAGGAGGGACCUGUCACCCAGGGCACUGCACUGGGGAAUCGUGCCCGUCCCGCAGCUAUGCGCCCACUGCAGUGGAUCCCAGCCUGGCUGCUCCUGCUCCAUGGCUGUGCCGCAGCCCAGCUGCCACAGGCUGACAACACCAGGACCGACAUCCGUGACUGCUCCACGGACCCUCCGUACCUGCCCCCGACGGCCACCGACACCACGGCGCGGGUGGCGGCUCUGCGGGAUGCCAUGUGGGCCCUCGGCGUGCAGGCCUACGUGGUGCCCGCCACGGAUGCGCACAUGAGCGAGUACAUCUCGGCGCGGGAUGCCCGGCUGAGCUGGCUGACCGGCUUCACCGGCUCCGCAGGCACCGGCGUGGUGACACAGGACAAGGCUGCACUGUGGACCGACAGCCGGUACUGGACGCAGGCAGAGCGGCAGCUGGACUGCAACUGGGAGCUGCAGAGGACAACCCUUAUUGAGUCCAUCGGGAUGUGGAUCCUGGACGCGGUUCCUAUUGGGGGGAACGUCAGCCUGGACCCCUUCCUCUUCUCCAUCGACACCUGGAACAGCUACAGCCAAGCUCUGCAAGGCUCCGGCAGGACCCUGCUCCCCAUCGAGACCAACCUGGUGGACCAAGUGUGGGGUGGUGAGAGACCCCCUGCAGCCUCCGGCGAGAUCUACAGCCUCCCGGAGGCAUUCAUCGGGAGCAGCUGGCAGGAGAAGGUGGCCCGGAUCCGGCAGGAGAUGGAGGAGCACGUCCGGCACCCCACGGCCGUGCUGCUGUCGGGGCUGGAGGAGACAGCCUGGCUCUUCAACCUCCGUGGUGACGACAUCCCCUACAACCCCGUCUUCUACUCCUACACCCUGCUGACCAACACAAGCAUAAGCCUGUUCGUGGGGGAGCAGCGGCUGGCGGUGGCGGCGCGGCACUCCCUGCAGGCCGCCUGCCCGGGGCCGCUCUGUGUGGAGCUGCUGGAGUACGGCCAGACACCGGACCACCUCCGCCAGUAUGUGCAGGGCAACGUCACCGUGUGGCUGGGCACCGAGUACACCACGUACGGCCUCUACCGCCUCAUCCCUCAGGAGAAGCUGCUGGAGGACAGCUACUCCCCCGUCAUGCUGGCCAAGGCUGUGAAAAACAGCAAGGAGCAGGACCUGCUGCGAGCCGCUCAUGUGCGGGACGCGGUGGCUGUGAUCCAGUACCUGCUGUGGCUGGAGAAGACGGUCCCGCAGGGGCAGGUGGACGAGUUCUCGGGCGCUCAGCACAUAGACGCACUCCGCCAGGCACAAGAGCACAACCGCGGGCCCAGCUUCCAGUCCAUCUGCGCCAGCGGGCUCAACGCCGCGCUGCCACACUACAGCCCCUCCAACGGGAGCAGCCGGCAGCUCUCUGUGGAUGAGAUGUACCUCGCAGACACGGGAGGGCAAUACCUGGACGGGACAACAGACAUCACACGGACGGUGCACUGGGGGACACCGACCCCACUCCAGAAGGAAACCUACACCCGGGUGCUGAUGGGCAACAUCGACCUGUCCCGCCUCGUCUUCCCACCCAACACUGCCGGGAGAAACAUAGAGUCCUUCGCCCGCCGGCCGCUCUGGGACGUGGGGCUCGACUACGGCCAUGGGACUGGCCAUGGCAUCGGCAACUUCCUCUCGGUCCAUGAAUGGCCCGUGGGCUUCCAGUCCAACAAUGUGCCUCUGACGGCCGGGAUGUUCACCUCCAUUGAGCCCGGGUACUACCAGGAUGGAGAGUUCGGGAUCCGCAUCGAGGACAUCGCCCUUGUGGUGGAGGCACAGACCGAGCACCAGAGCGAGGAGACACCCUUCCUGACCUUUGAGGUAGUGUCCCUGGUGCCCUAUGACCGCAACCUCAUCGACAUCAGCCUCCUGUCUCCAGAGCAGAUCCGGUACCUGAACACCUACUACGAGAGCAUCCGGGAGCGUGUGGGGCCGGAGCUGCAGCGGCAGCAGCUGCAGGAGGAGUACAACUGGCUGCAGAGGAGCACCGAGCCCUUCCCGCUGGAUAGCGCCGCCGCCGCCGCCACCAGCGCCACCAGCACGCUGGCCCUCGCCGCGCUCCUCAGCACGCUGCUGCCAGGGCUGCAGGCCUGAGGCCGUGCCAACAGCCCCAUGCCAGCCCCCUCCUACUGUUGCUCACUUCCCUUUCUCCUGUUGUUUUCUCUUGCGUGGUGAUGAUUAAACACGAGCGAUGCCAGCGGGUGCCUGUGCACCACUGCGCUCUGA